AUACUUUCUUCUUCAUAACACGGGUGUUCGCUGGAAAUACAGUGGCACCUGCCGAGGUCACUUAAAUUAUAAAGCUUCACUGUUCGCUUCCGCCAUGAGCGCAGAAUCGAAACAACCGUCUGUCAGACCCGCGCUCAAGGGCAUCCUCAAGAAGACCUCCAACACCUUGCCACCCACUUCACCAUCACCACCACCUCGAUCAGAACCAGAAUCACAACCCGAAGAACCACCUAAACAAGAACUUACCCGCGCCGAACUCCUCCUGAAACAAGAAGCCGCCGCCCGACUGCGCCUCUAUAAAAAGCUGCGCGACACAGAACUAAAACCACCUGUCCCGCUCGAGACCUUCGAACUGCUCUCCAGCUUCCCACGCGGAUCCAACCCGCCACCGGCUCACGCGCCCUCCGAGCAGGACGUGCGGGACUUCCUAUCGGCGCUGUCCGACUUCCAGCCGUCAGAAUACCUCGACCUGAUCGAGGAGCGCAACUGCCUGGGGAAAUGCGGAUACACGCUCUGCCCGCGGCCGCGGCGCACUCACUCCGGUCCCUUUAAGCUCUCGUUGCGCGCGGGCGCCAUCGCCCGCACCGAGGACCUGAACAAGUGGUGCUCCGACGCAUGCGCCGAGAGGGCGCUGUACCUGAAGGUGCAGCUCGACAACCCGACGUAUGCCAGGCGGGAGGCCGAUAGGCGGAUGGUUAUCAAGCUUGAGUUGAGGGCAGAGAAGGGCAAGGAUGGGGAGGUGGCGAGAAGGGAGACUGCUGCUGCUAGUGGUAAUGCCACCACCCGCCCUUCGAGGGUUUCAGAAGUAGACAGGGAAGAGCUAGCCGUGGCUAUGGCGGAGCUUGAGAUUCGCAAAGUCAAACAAGCGAAAUCUUCGGAUCUCGCGCUGGAACGACAAGAUCCCGGCGGCUUCUUCGCCGACGUGGGCCGUGUCGACGUCGUCCUCAAGGAGAACCUUGAGGUGAAGCCACCACGGCCUCCAUCUCCGAGUCAGGGUGACACCAACUUGGUCGAAGGUUACAGAACCGAUUAUGGCAUGAACGGCCAGAAAUUCAACAGCCACUACCAGAAGCAGCAGGAUGGCGCGGAUAGCGACGAUGACGAUACUUUUUCUUCAAUCCGAUUUUGAGGCAGGAAAAAGGUGAAUACUAUGGCUACUCGGCGUCUGGCAGAAGGUUGUCUCGGAACGCUCUGGGCUAUAUGAGGGACGCAAAUAGAUGAUACCCGGCAUAGGCACAAUGCCCAG